GCCGGAAAUGUACUGGACCGUUCAAGCGAAUCCUUGACAGCUGCCACGAAGUAGCCCUAUGCCGGUAGGAUAGCAUUGACAGGCUGAUAUUCUCUCAGCAGACAUCGUAAGGUAGGAGUAGAUGCGGUACGGGCGAAUAUCCAAGCAUGUAUCUCUUGGGACGAUGUCUCGGCAGUGACCAGAUGUUAUGUUAAUCUACUGUGUCUCCUUGACAUCAGUCAACUAACGCCUAAUACUCCCACUCGUAGUCUUCUUGCCUUUCUCCACCUCGUCCUUCCGUGAAGAGUCAAAACAGGAUCACCGCCAAGAUGACGAAAGUCAAAUUCACCCUCCCACCGGCAGCCGAUAAAGUCACAUCGCUCUUCCACACUAAGCAGAUCAGGGAGGAUGACCCGCCAGUCUUCAACCAACCAUUCAACACCAGCUCAUGUCCGCAUCACCGUAUCUCGAGGCUGCUCUACAGCAUCUCCCUCACUCUCUUGCUCGUUAUAGCAGUCCCGGUUAUCGCACUUAAAGCAUUAACCUAUAGCUUCAUCGAGGACAACCGUAUGAUGGGAUUCACUUUCCAGACGAGAGAAAAGAAUGGCGACCCCGGCGAUGCCAUCAUCAUGGCCGCUCUACCAAGGAUGCUAUACGCCGUACCAGCAAAACUAGCCAUCAUCGCCGGUACAGUCGGCAUAUGUCUAGCCGCCGCACAUCUCGGAUUCGUCUGCACAGAUUGGAAAAAGGGCAACAGGACGCAAUCCUACGCUUUCCGUCGCAACAUAAUGUUUCUCCACAUCACCAACGCCAUCCUCGUCCUCUUCGCCCUCGUCUCAAUCUACGUAACACACAAGAACACAUCCCACUUCCGUGAGGGCGUUGUCAACUUCCAAGUCUCACGUAUUAACGACACCACCUCCACCUCCACCCAACAAUCCCCGGCCUUCUUCCGCUACAACUUCGGUACCUUUGACCUCGAAACCUGGGCUUGCGAGCUCGCGAAUGUUGAGGGUGCAGGUAUGGUAAGGGAAGACUAUGGCAAGCAGUGCGGGAUUGAGAUCGCAGGAAGAGCGGUUAUGAUCCCUUUUGUGGUUGUUGUUUGGGGGGUUGCGGCGAUUGGGCUUUGGGGAUUUGUGGGCGGUGGACGGAGGGGGCCGGAUGGGGAGAGGAUGAAGACUGACGAGGUGGGGUUGGAGAUGGGGAAGAUGAAUGCUACAGAUGACUGAGCGUCAUCUCAUCCUUCCUCACCACUCUGAAAGUAUGGCGGCGUCUGGUUAUUCUCGGCAUUUCUGGCGUUUGGUGGUUUCUUCGCAUCUUUCUCGGUAAUGUUUCUCUCCUCGUUUCUUUACUUCUCGCAUACACGACAGCGAUGAUACCCUCUAUUCACUUCUCAACUCCUAUCGUUUUCUCGCAUUCAGGCCUUUUGCUGGUCAAAGGUCUUGUCUUCUUUUUUUCCGGUUGUUUGGAUCAAACGUCGCCAAGUGCUGGGGCGUUUCAUAAUUUACUUUUUUGCAUGGCAUGACAUGGCAUAAUGUUCAGUCUGAUAUACAUCAACGCGUUCUCAUAUUAUUGCUACCUGGCGAAAUAUUACGAC